AUGAUGGCAAUAAUAGCAUUGAUACACCAAGAUCAACAUGUAGCGAUAACAGCUGAUGACGAGAAAUUACGUGAUCCUGAAGGAUAUGCGGCCAUAGUCCAGUUACACCAUCAGAUGGAUGACGAUCAAUCUGGCUCGAUAGACCGAUUCGAAUCGAACGAUUUUCUGAAAGAGGAUAUGAAAUUCGGAGGAUCGGAUCGCGAGAAACGUGAGAAGGCGUUUCAUCACAACAAUGAUGAGCAGAUUACGGUCGAUGAUCUGUGGGAAGCGUGGUUUGCGUCCGAGGAAAGAACGUGGACAACAGCGCAGUUGAUGAACUGGCUGGAGAAUUCAGUGAAGUUACCGCAGUAUUCGAACAAUUUGAUUGCGAGGAAUAUCGAUGGUCGUGCGCUGCCGAGAAUGGCCGUAGCGAAUUCAAGCUUCUUAUCGCAUGAACUUGGCAUCAAGAACGCUGUGCACAAACACAAAAUACAUCUGAAGGCGUUGGAUGUGGUUCUCUUUGGAUUUUCUGGUUCGUAA